AAACAAUCUCCAAUUUUACUGACGACAUAACGAACUCAGUGGCGAUACUUAAACAAGGCCACGUGUUGAUCAACGAAUUUUGGCAAAACCAAGUCGGCGAUUUUGAACUGGAUACUUCUCGUUUUCCUACGUUAGAAAAAACUAUGGAGAUGUUGACCAGAAGAGGAUUCAGAGUGGUUUUCACCAUACAACCUUUCAUAUCAACGGAAAGCUUCAACUUUGCCGAAGCAGUACAGAAGCGAUUGUUGGUUUCUGAAAGAUUCAGCGAUCGACUCAUACCGGCGCUAACAAAGUAUAAAACAGUUCAGAGCGCAGGCGUUCUCGAUAUCACCAAUAACAGAACGAUACCGUGGCUACUGGAAAAGUUGAAAAACGUCAGAAAGAAAUACAAGUUCGAUGCGUAUUACCUCGACAUGGGCUUAGCUUACAACAUGCCACAUUAUUAUCAAUGUGAGAGAGCAUUGCGCAGUCCUGACCAAUAUAAAAGUUUCUUCAUCAACAGUCUUCAAGGUUCAGUUCCAAUUUUUGGGGUUAAUAGUGCUGUAGAGAGACCGAAGUCGCCAGCUUUUGUCGUUUUACCACAGUUCGAAUCAUCUUGGGAUGGUCUAAGAAAAGUUAUACCAACUAUUCUCACUUAUGGAAUUCUUGGUUACCCAUUUCUUAUCCCAGGUGCUGUGGGAGGGGACUAUGAUGGACCUGAAACUACUAUUGACACUAAUGGGACAGGAAGAUCACUUCCAGAUGAAGAGUUAUACAUAAGGUGGCUGCAACUUGCUGCUUUUUUGCCUGUUGUGAGAUAUCACCAUUUACCCAGCAGCUACGGUGAGGAAACCAUCUCAGAAAUAGCAAAAAAUCUUGCUCUCACUAGACAGAAUAAGGUUACUCCAAAAUUGAAAAAGUUUGCUAGGGUAUCUUUGAACCUGGGAUUGCCCAUAAUCAGACCUCUGUGGAUGUUAGACGCUGAGGAUCCCAAUUGCCAUCUUGCAGUAGAUGAGUUCUCCAUUGGAGAUGAGAUAAUUGUAGCUCCUGUUCUGUCUUCUGGCUUCAGAGAACGAGAAGUGUAUCUUCCUGCUGGAGUUUGGAAAGACGGUAUAGAUGGGAGUUUGAGGAAGGGUAGUAGAUGGAUUCAUGAUUACCAUGUAGAGAGAAACGAAGUUGCUUAUUUUGAGCGAAUGCCAGAUGACACAAGAUUUUAAUAUAGAAAAUCAACGAUAGUUAUGUUCCUGACUUUCAGUUUUCUUCUGUGGUAGAAUUUUGGGAUGGAUGAAUUUCACUACACUUCAAGUGCACUAGAUCGAAGAAGCUGUUAAUCUAAUAUCAGCCAAUAUAAUUGCUUUUACAACUCGUUAAAAAAUUUGUAGGUCUUAAACUGAGGCACUUUAUCAUCAAAACUAAAAUUCAACAAGUUUUUGAUAAUACAUGAAAAUACCAGAAUUUCUGAAAAAUUCAUUUUUAUUUUUUGAAGCACUUUCUUUUAUGAUACGAUACAUGUGUAGCUAAGUUUAGUCAAGAUCUGAACGAAUAAAAAAAAUGGUUCCUCACAUUGAAUAUACCUUAUAACUUUUUAGACAUGCGGUAACUUGCCUGAGGCUUUGAUAUCAUCACUUCUACUCUAAUUGUUCCUAGAUGAAAGAGUUAUCAUCUUGUGUUUUUUUCAAGAAAGAACUCAAUGUGGAAUAAAUGAGUCACGUGCCACAACAAAUAGCAAGCAAGCUGGCAAGUUUCCGAAUACGGUUUUUGUGUAGGUAUUAUGAAAACUGUAUGUAUAAUUUGGAAUAUUUCUCAGUAUCUUAGAAAGUGAAAAGUUUUUUUUCACAUUCAUCUUGGAUAGACAGAAUAUUUUCACUAUUUAUGUAUACUCCAAUAUGAUUUGAAAGUGAUGUUGACAAUUCCAUAGGAAAAAUCUUUCUCCCCGUGAAAAUAAAAUUUACAGGUUUUUCCAAUCUUUUAUUAAUUCACAAUGGUGAAGACUGUGGGGGAUAGAAGACAAUCCCCCCCUACGAAGCCACCAUUCAUGGGACGGACAGAACUCAAUCCUCAAAUAUCAAAAAUGAACGUGGCUCCCCAAGGAGGUCAGUUGCAAAGCCAAGCUUCGACAUCGACCGCCCCGCCGGCGAGAUUCAUCCUGCCUUUCACAGCAAGGCGACUAGGUUGAGCUCUAGUUUUCAAAUGACAAAUAAAUUGAGGCUAGAACGUUUUUUGAAUUAUUAUUGUCGUAAUAAAAAUAUUUUGUUUUAUUCCUGUAACUUCCAGAAAAUGCAAAAAUCUUGUAGUUAUUAUGAUAUAUAAUGGGAUUCUCUAAAUUUCGUUGAAAAAGUCUUGAAGCAAUAAAAUUGUGUACAUUAAGUCUCCCAUUCAAAUGAUAGUUCACACAUAUAUUGUGAUAUUAAGAUAAUAAAUUUGUAAUAUUCCUAA